CAUGUCUCACUGGCACCCACUGGCCAACCAGGACUUAGCACUACAUUUUGUUUGACCAUCUCUCUCUUUUUAGUGAAAUCUGGAAACGUGUGGAGGGUAUCUGGCAGCAUUGAGCUGUUGAAUGUUUGGGCCUUAGGGGACAGAGGGAUGAACCUGGAGAAAGUGUUAUAGUAGAAUGUCCAUAUGCCAGUGGACCUUUCAUUGUGGGAGUAGCCAUCUAAGGAUUUCUGGAUUGGAAUUAAAUUCAGCACCAGGAACAGCUAAGGACAGAAGAACAGUUUCAAAAGUGGAACAUAUGACGCCUGCCUGGUUUGUCAUUGGAAUACACUGACGGUAAUUACACUGGCAACAAUAAGACGAGUGGGACAAUAGGCUGUUUUAUUUAUCGAUUUGUAUUUGUCUUAAUUUAUCUACCAGGACAUCAGUAUAGGAACAAAAGUGAAAGAGAACAUUGGAAUACAUUGACUUUCAGUACAAUAAUUGCUCUAGCUACCAAAAGAAAUGCAAGGAGACAUUGAUUUUAAACCCAAAUAGGUAUCAUUGAGGAGGAAAUCUCUUUUGCAUAUAGACCUGGUAGACUAGGUACCAGAGAGCCCCAUUUCCCAGGAGGGCUCCCCUCCCUGACCUCCCAGCCUCCCGUUGUCCCCAGCAGCAUGUCCCAGGCUGUGAGGCUGCUUCCAGUCCUCCCCACACCAUUCUACCAUGACCACAUGGGCUGCUGGAGGGAGUACGGCUGUCACUGCCUGGGCCACCUCUGGGACCAGGUUUUGGUCUGGCUCUGGGUCCAGGUUUAGAUCUGGCUCUGGGUCCAGAUUUAGGUCUGGCUCUGGGUCCAGAUUUAGGUCUGGCUCUGGGUCCAGGUUUGGGUCUGGCUUUGGCUCCAGCUUGAUCUCUAGGUCCUUCUUUUCCAGCCUGUCCCUGUCUCUGCUGCUAGCACUGCUGCUCGCCCUUUCCCUCCCUGUGGUUGUCUGCCAUCAACCUCUCUACAGAGGCAGGCUCCAGCCAACCAGCCCCAGGCUCCAGUUCCCCAGCCUCCAGCCCCCCAGCCCCCAACCCUCCAGCCCCAGCAGCCCUCUUAGGGCGCCAGUGAACAGUUCCCUGGCUGCAUCCAGGGUUGGAGAGACUGGGGAAACUGGAGGUCCCUUGGAAGGUAUUGGGGUUCCGCUGGGGAGGCACGUACGCAGCUACAACCACCUGCAGGGAGAUGUGCGGCGGAGGAAGCUCUUCUCCUUCCAGAAGUUCUUCCUGCGGAUCGAUACGAAUGGCAGAGUUAAUGGGACCAAGAGCAAAGACGACCCCCUCAGUAUUCUGGAGAUCACGUCGGUGGAUGUGGGGGUGGUGGCUAUCAAAGGCCUGGGCAGUAACUAUUACCUGGCUAUCAGCAGGAAGGGUGAGCUGUACGGAGCGAGAGAGUUUGGCAUUGACUGCACACUGAAGGAGCGUAUUGAGGAGAACGGCUAUAACACCUAUGCCUCAGCCGAGUGGAGGAACAAGAAGAGACAGAUGUUUGUGGGCCUGAGUGUCCACGGGAGGCCACUGAGAGGGAAGAAAACACGGAGGAGGAAUGUGGCCACCCACUUCCUCCCCAUCAUGGUGUGAUGAAGAAGAGCAUUUCACUGGACUAGACAUACCCUGUGGGAGAGCUAUUCAGCACUGAACAAUCUUUCAGAUAAAGAUUUUUUUAAAUGUACUCCAAUCUGUACAGAGAGCAUCUGAACUAUACCAUUUCUAAAAUACAUAUUUUCUCUAAGGAUGGUAAUAAACUGUGCAUAUACUCCCUGCUUAAGACUUUCGUUGAGAUGGUUGAUUGGUUUGAGGAUGUACAGUGCUUUCUGUGGCACAGGGUGAAAUUUGAAUCCUAUUCUGUGCCAAAUCUUUGGAAAGAUGUGGACUGAAGGAGGGCGUGACAUGUGGGAACAAAGUAGGACGCUGUUUCACACACCGAGUGGAUGAAGUGAGGAAGCACUGGUUUUGUGUAUACAAAAAAACAAUUGAACUGUUGUUCAUGGUCCUCAAUCUCAUUUCAAUGAUCUGAACAUUCUGAAAUGAAGAAGAAGGCUUAACAGAUCGGUAAAUGCAGAAAAAAUCUAUAUAAUUGAGCAAGAUCCUAGUGGUCAUGAGAUCUUGGAACCAUAUCAAAAGUGAAUACAGUGAAAGAAAAAACUAAUGUAUGAUACUUAACCACUGAGUUUGGACUGUGUUGAAGUAAAUUAUUUAUUUUGUGUAAUAUUUAACUGAAGGUGGAAAGAAGGUGAACAUUUCAUUGCAUUCUUUACACCUUAUGUCUGUGAA